UUUGACAUUGUACCAUACCGUUUUGUACCGUUCCGAAACGACAUGAUACAGAACGGUUAAAAACCUCACGUAUACUUUUACAAAUUUACCUGGCCUUUCCGGACCGCACAACCCCUGCUGUGUAAUCCUUCUCCCAAUUUGCUUCUCUCCCUCAUUCCCUGCCUGGACGGUUAGCCUACAUAGCCCUUCCUCUUCCUCAAUUGUACGUUUCUUUCAGCAGACACCAAUCAGCACAGUCAACUCUUCCUCAAUCGUACGUUUCCUUAUGCAGACACAAAUUCAACGCAAACAAGCGGCGAAUGCAGCGCAAAAUAUCGGCAAAUCCUAUAUUUCGAUAAUUUAGAUUUCAGUGACAGUCUCCAUGUAAAAAAAUCAACACAAACACAAUUCAAUAUUAUUAUUUAGAAAUUUUGAAGUCAAGCCUUGCAGCACAGAAGUUGUACUCCCUUGCAGGGGAGUGGGCGUCUACAAUUGGCCUCACUUUAUCUCAUCGUGUGGGUACAUCAUGCCCUUGAUUUGCGGGAUAGCAUAAGCCGAGGUCCCUCGAGGGAUGGCUUUCUUCAUACCUGUUAAGAUGAAGAUGUGCCCCGUCAAUGUUUUCAGCUCUGUUGAUAGGUGUAAAGUUGUCACUGACUAUAAACUGAAAUCAAGCUGUCGUGAUGUGCUGGUCGAGGAAGAAAAAUCUCGUCGCCGGUUUCUUCUAGGAUGUAGCAUGAUCCCUUUUGUCUCAUUUAAUGGAAGAUUUGGUUUGUUACCAGCUUGGGCCGGAGAUCAAUCAAAAGCAGCCCAAGAUGAUGAGGGUGUUAUUGGGGCCUUAAAGUCCUUGUUUGACCCUAAUGAGAAAACCAAAUCAGGGAAAGUCUUACCCAAGGACUACUUGAAAUCAGUGAGAGAAGUGAUUAAGACAUUGCGGGAAUCACUCAAGGAGGAUCCCAAUGACAUAACCAAGUUUAGAAGAACAGCCGAUGCUGCGAAGGAGUCAAUUCGUGCGUACUUGGGUGGGUGGAGAGGAGAGAAAACGGUGGUUAAUGAGGAAUCAUAUGAAAUGCUAGAGAAAGUAAUAAGAGCAUUAGCCAACUUUUACUCAGAGGCAGGCCCAUCAACACCACUUCCUGAGCAUGUUAAAGUUGAGAUUCUUAAUGAUCUCAUCAAAGCAGAGGAUGAUUUGUAAAAAGAAACAGCAGAGAAUCUGUAAAUGCAAUGCCACACAAGCAAUCCUCUGGAAGACGCACUUUUUUUCUCACUCCAUUGUUGUAUACACGAUAGAAAAACAAGUUUAAGGAAUGUCGUGACAAGCACCAUCUUAACUCGUGAGGUGUAUGACCAUCUAUGGGCCAAUUUGAGAUUGAUCUUAUUAUAUGUUGAGUUGUGAGGUGGUGAUAAAGAUACCCUUGAAUGCCCAUGGAUAUAUUUGUUCCACAUUUACAAGUUUUGUUUUAACUGUUCUAAAAAAUUGGUGUGUGGAUGUUGUAGACUUGUAGGCAGUAUAAUUCAAUGUAUAUUGGUAUAUACUCCCUCCGUUUAUGAAACAAGUUCCACAUUUGACUUCACAUAUUAAGAAAAUAAAUUUGACUUUACUGUGAAGUGCACUGUUUGAACACUGUUUGGCACUGUUUGAACACUGUUUGACAUUGUUUGACGUAGAUAAUUUGCCAAAUAAGGAAAUGUUUGAAAGUGGAACUUAAUUUUGAAUCUGCCCGAAAAGAAAAGGUGGAAGUGUGGAACUUGUUUCAGAAACGGAGGGAGUACAUUUUUAUCACAUCUCUUUAUG